AUGUCACCACCCCGAACGCUGAGCAUCCUCUGCUUCGGCGACUCCCUCACCUCGGGCUUCCACGCCGGGGGCCGCGAGUCCCAUCCAUACUCCAUCGCCUUCGCCGCCCAGGUCCGCGAGGCCCUUCCAGACACCAAGCUCUACGUCUACACCAACGGCAAGCCGGGCGACGUCGCCUCCUUGGCCCCGUUUCACCAGAGACUCCAAGCCGAAUGUGGGUUCAGGACCCCCCCCUUUCUCCCCAAGGGCACGACUCGCCACGAGCCUCGUAACAAGCGCCAUCACGACUGGUUGAUCAUCCUAGGAGGCACAAACGACCUGGCCUACAUGAUCCCCCCUCAGCAAAUGUACGAGUCUUUCCAAGCAACCUGGGACGUGGCCCUCGCAAAAGGCACCAAGGUCCUCGCGUUGACCAUCCCCGAGUCCAAGGCCCAGCCAGCGUGGGUGGUCGAGAACCGGUCGGAGAUAAACUCGCUGAUCCUGGCGCACCGCCAGCCGAACUACCACGCUCUCGACCUUCAUGCCAAGCUGCCGUACCACUCUCUGUCGGCAGACGACAGGGACAAGUACUGGGACGACGGGCUGCAUCUGACAGACCAAGGCUACGACUGGAUGGGCCGACACGUUGCCGACGGCUUCUUGGCCGCCCUCUCCUCGGUCAAUCGUGGUGCUGGUGCCGCCGGGGCAGAGGAGCCGGCGCCGGCGCCCAGCGGCUCCCAACGCCCCGUCAGGACAAACGACAGGACAGUGUUCGAGGAGGAGAGUGGCCAUCCAGGGAGACUAAGCGAGGGCUACGUCGUGGUACGGAAGAAGGAUCUGUGGUGA